AUGUCUUCAGGAAUGCGUUCGUUGUCCAGGAAACGCGUCAACAAUUUUUUUUUCUGGAUAUUGGCAAAAAUGUUUGGGUGCGAUGGAAAGGCUAAGAAGACUCCUCUGCCCCGAAUUGUGGCCCCCUCGAAUGUCCCAGUGUCUCGUGUGGUGCUCCACAAAGUCCACUCCAAGCCAGAAUUGGGAAAAUUUAUUUAUUCACACAAAUGGACGGAUCUGGAGGAAUCCCUGAAGCUGAGGAAUUUCCACGUGGAAGAUGUAGCUGUAGAGGUGAGUCGUCAGCAGGAUGACAUGCGAAAGAGCGCCCAGAAGCAGAGAAAUCUCAACAGUGCGCGAAUGGGGAAGAUUUAUCAGGAUCAGAAGACGACUAGGAGUAAAUGUCUCACGCUCAAUGACUUCCUGCGAGUGUGUCAGGAGAGGGAGUCAGUGGCUGAGCGUCUGGAAUCUGAGGAGAUGCGCAAACAGGAGAAAUAUGCCCAGGAAAUUGAGAGUCUAACGGCGAAAAUAGCCGAAAUGAGGGCUUUUAAGGGUGAUUUGGAGGGGAAAGUGCAAGAAUUGCAGCCCUUCGAGAAGGCUGUGGAACUCGCAGCUGAAGAUUCCACCCAAUUCUCCUCACCUGACGACUUGAUGUCCAUCUGCGAUGCCUUCUUUCACGCUCAGCGAGAGAUUUCCAUGAUUGAGAAGGAGAAAUUGCGGGAAAUUGACAAUUUGAAGAGGAAUCUCGUGAGAAUCACUGGAGAUUCAGUCGCCACGAUUCUGGGAUACAUAAAUCGCUUGUCUGAGCUGGAGCAGAAUUGUCUGCGGCUCAAGCAGAACUCCCUGAGGUGGGAGAGAGUCCUGAAGACGACCAAGGAUUUCAUAGCUGAGGAGAAUUUUGAGGCUCAACGCAUUCAGGAGUCCAUCAAGCACUUGCACAAACUUCUGUUCGCUCGCCAUGGAAGGCAACACUUCAGAGAUAAAGUGUCGUCGUUGGAGAAGCAACUCGAGGAGAUUCGGCAGGAGGUGAAAAUCCUCAAGUUGAUCGUUCAGACUUCGCACGAACACAUUGAGAAGGGACAGAAGAGCUUGGCUGGAGAGCUGGGAACCAGCACAGCUUUGGCACUUCUCAAGAUUGGCAAGAUUUCCCAUCACAAGUAG